AUCGUGCUAAAGAUCAACAAGCGGCUUCAGUGUAAGGAAUCCCGGUGUAACAUAUUACCUAGAAGUGACGGCCUAUAUUCCCGGCAGACGGAUCCGACUGGUACCAGCCGCGAUGGAUAAGGUGUACCUGCUGCAAACGCUAACCGGCCAUGUUGGCCGUGUCUGGAGUGCGUCUUGGCAUCCGAGCGGUGACAUAUUCGCUUCUUGCGGCGAGGAUAAAACAAUUCGUGUAUGGACGAAGACGGACACCAACCGAUGGGUCGCCCAGACAGUGCUAACGGAUGGGCAUUCACGGACCAUACGCGACGUUGCCUGGUCGUACUGUGGUCACUAUCUUGCAUCGGCCAGUUUCGACACGACGGUAGCAGUUUGGGACAAAAAGUCAGGUGAAUUUGAAUGCAAUGCCACACUGGAAGGGCACGAUAAUGAGGUUAAGAGUGUCACCUGGUCUAGGUCAGGCAACUUGCUAGCAACGUGCAGCCGGGACAAGUCGGUCUGGAUCUGGGAGAUACACAAUGCACCGGGGCAGGAGGAUGAGUACGAAUGUGCUGCAGUGCUGAACGGCCACACGCAAGAUGUGAAAAAGGUAUGUUGGCAUCCGCAAGAAGAAUUGCUGGCAUCUGCCAGUUACGACAACACGAUACGCAUGUACCGUCAGGACACGGUGGACAGCGAGUGGGAAAUGCUCGAACCAAUGGAAUCGCACACCUCAACCGUGUGGAGCAUAUCGUUUGAUGCGACCGGCAAACGUUUAGCAUCCUGCAGCGAAGACACAACGGUGAAGAUCUGGCAGCAGUACGGACCGGACAACACGGUUGGCAUACAAUGCCCGGACAAGGGUUCGGUGUGGAAGUGUGUAUGCACUCUGGCUGGGUUCCAUUCGCGUAGCGUGUACGAUAUUGACUGGUGUAAGCAAACUGGUCUGCUGGCGACCGCUUGCGGUGAUGAUUUGGUACGAAUAUUUAAGGAGGCAACCAAUUCUGACCCGAACGAACCAACGUUUGAGCUGGUGGUAACGAUCGCAGCACACAGCCAAGACGCGAACAAAGUUGCCUGGCAUCCGGUCAAACCCGGCAUCCUGUUGACGGCGAGUGACGAUGGCGAAAUCAAGAUAUGGCAGUAUCAGGAGGACGCCGAUCUAAGCCAAGAACGGUGCCAGGAUUAGUAUAAUCCGAACUCUUCCAGUCGGGGUUGACCCGGUGGUGUAUUUGGUAGCGGCGCCGGUCUUCAACACGACAGGGCCGGUGAAAAAUCCCACCCAAAUCAAUCCACCGUACGCAGGAUUGACUAUCUAGCUACGCGAAAAUAAAAACAAGCCAGAAAUAGCACGCCUCUCGACCUCUUGAGGUUGUUGUGCCGCUAAAGAAGAGGAACUCGCCCAGUCACAUCGCAUGCCUAAAGGAAUAUGAGCUCGAUCGUUACAUUGCAAAUAAAGUUGUUUCUAGUUAAGAUUCCUAAAACAUUCAAUUACUGGUAACAUUUCGAAACAUUCAUGACAAUAUGCAUUUCACACUAAUAAUAUGAGUUGUAAUAUAAAAAGAUUGAAGUGUAAGAUUGUACUAUUGCUUCAUUAUCCAACUGUUGCAUGGUUCACUCUCUACGGAGAUGUAA